AGAGUUUCAGUCAAAAUCAAAUUUGACUGAGAGAGGUCACGGAUUUUCCGCCAUGGGAAGAAGGAUUCCGGGGAAAAUUCCAAACAGUGGGGUAAGUGGAGCUUUCGCGACUGAAGGAUAACACCAAAACCGGCUUAAAAAAAUUGGGGCAUCUUCUUUGUUUUUUAGUGGAGGAGUUGAUCUGGGGACCACAGUACCCUAUAUAUACCUCCCAUGCACCUUAACCCGCCCUUUUCUUCUUUCUCAUACUCACUCUCUCUCUCUCUCUCUCUCUGCUCUGUACUAUUCCACAAAUCUAAACCCUAGAAUUUAACAAAUGCCGGUCAAGCGUUCGCGGGUCGGUCGCUCUUCGAGCUUUGGAGACGCUGGUUUCCUCAGCCAGGUUCCUACGCCGGAGCACCGGUGGGACAAGCGCAGCGCUACGCCGAGCAAUUCGGCUAAGAUUUUGAAGCCUUCGGAUGUGGCGGGGGACCAGCAGGCUCGGCCGACGAUUCUGACGGUGGCGUCUCCGGAGAUGGACAGGGGGAGGGUUGAUGUGAGUUCUGAGAAGCCGAUUGGGGCGUUUCUUGAGAAGUGUUACUACUGCAAUAGUAAGAUCCGUGAGAAUGUUGAAGUUUUUAUGUAUGGGUAAGGUUUUUUUUUUGUCUCUGUUUUUUGUCUAUUUGGUUGCCCAGAAAUUGGAGGGGGAAAACAUGGGAAGAAAAUGUUUAGAUCCUAAUGACAACUUACUCUUUUAGUACUAGUUUGAGUGGAAACUUCUGCUUGAAGAAACUUUCAAGAUUUAGAAUUUGGAUUUCUUUUUUUCUUUUUCUUUUUUUUUCCUUUUACUGCUUUUUCUCAGAAACCAAAUAGAACCUCAGAAACCGCUUUGUUGCCUGUUUGUUCUUUUUUCUUGAGCUUUUAACCAUGUGAAGUGCCUAAUGGGUUUUUCAAUUUUGGUUUCAAUGAUUCUUGGUCCUUAUAAAGGCUUUGACCGUCUAGCUUUUGUAUGUUUUCUUUUUUGGUUUUUUGUUUUACUAUGUUUGGUUGCUCAGAAACUGGAGUAAAAGUAGGAAAAUGUGGCAAAUACUAUUGCUAGGCACAGCUAAGUGAUUGUCUUUUGGUCUGAAAAUAAUGAAAAUUCAUAGAUUCAAAAUUUUAAUUUUUUUGUUCCCUACUAUGAUGCCUACACCUACGCCGACUUUUUGCUUUGAAACCAACAUCAUAUCUCGAAUUUUUUUGGCAGCUAAUUAGCGUCGAAUGCAAAAGUUUCUUAUAUGAACACUAAAGACUUUUUUAUUAUUAUUAUUAUUGUUGUUGUUAUUAAUUUUAUGGCUUUGUUUUGGAAACAACAGAUCUAAUCUUAUCAGAAAUCAGAGGAAAUAGAAGAAAAUAUGGGUCUGUUUGAAUUUUAAAAAAAAACUGUUCUCAGUUGUUUUCUUAAAUAAAAUUCUAUUUGAGAAUUCAAGUACAAAAAAUAUUCUCAAUGGUUUCUCAAAACACUUAAGUAAAAAAAAUUUCAAACAUGUUUUUUUAGUUAGAAAACUGUUCUUUGUUCUAAGGAACAGAAAACUGUUUCCAAGAACAAUCUCAAAACAUGUUCUAAAUUUUGAAUAACAUGUUUUUGGUUGUCGAGGUUUCAAGAAAAUGGAAAGAUCAAAAGUCAAUUGGGUUAAUCGGCUCUGCAUGAUCGAGGCUUUUAAUUUGUUCAAUCAAAUGAAAUUGAAAAUCUAAAUUCCACAUUUGUAUUUUCCUUCUUUUACACAGAAUUGAGCUUUCAGAUUUGAGAGUGGAUUUAUGUUAAAGAAAAUAUGUCUUUUAGGGCAUUGAAUAUAUCAUUAGUUAAGUAACAUUUAUUUUGAUUUGAACAUUUUAUUGAUGGCUUAUUACCAAAAAUACCAAAUCACAAGAGCUUUUGGGGGAAAAUGAGGGGAAAGCAUGGAGAACCAUUCCUUUAUGUCUUUUUUGGACUAUUUGGUAGGAAUGUAAUCACAACUUUUGAAGGAGGGGAAUGUUUGGUUCAAUUACUUAAUGCCUCUCUUAUUUCUACCAUGAUCCUAUGGUGCCUCAAGUUCAUAGAUACUGGCCCCUUGUCUCUGUUUGACUUCGUAGAUUGGUCAGGGACUCCUCUAUUGCAUUUUUAUGUAACUAUGGUCCAUGGAUAUUACCUUCCAAUCCUAGAAUGUUUUUUCAAUGGUCACAUGAUGAAGCUCAAUCAUUUGCAAGUGUCCUACAAGUUGAGCCAUUUUGCAAUUGUCUAUACAGAAAUGAGUGUAACACAUUUUCCCGUUUAUAAGAAAAAGUGUAAUCUUGUAGAACUCAUUAUAUGAGAACCUUAAAGUGGGAUACACUGGUAUGGAGUUCUAGUCAAAAUCAUAUGUAAAUGGGAGUUCAUGUAUUUUCCGCCAUUAAAAGAAAGAUUCUAAGAAAAUUCUAGAUAGAGGGGUUAAUAGAGCUUUCUUAACUAUAGGAAAACCCAAAAGCUCACCAUAAAGCAUUAGCAUUUUCUUUGUUUGUUAGUUGAGUAGCUGAUCUGGGGACCACCAUAUCCUAUAUAAUAUGCUUCAUUGCACCUUACCCCUUCCUCCCUUCUCUCUUAUUCUAUCUCUGCUCUAUACGACUCUACCUUUAUCCCACAAAUCUAAACCCUAUUAUUUCUCAAAUGCUAGACAAGCAGUUUCAAGUUGGAUGGUCCUCAAACUUCAAUGAUGCUAAUUUUCUCAACUAGGUUUCUAUGGGGUCACCGGAGCAUCGGUGGGAAAAACAAACUGCUAUGUCUGCAAUGGUUGCUUCUACCAAAGGUGUGAGCGAUUCAGCUUAGAUUUUGAAAUGUUCAAAGUUGAUGGGGGACCGCCGGUCUUGACCAAAGAUCUUGAUGGUGUCAUCUUUGGAGAUGGACAAGGGGAAGCUUGAUGUGAGUUUUGAGGGAUUGAUUGUGGAGUUUCUUCAUAAGUCUUACCUCUAUAAGAAGAGGAUUCAUGAGAAUAUAGACGUUUUUAUGUAUGGAUAGGUUUUUUCUUUUUUUUGGUUACUUUUGUUGUCUAUUUGUUUGUCAAGACAAUGAAGGAAAAGAAAAGAAAUGGGAAGAAAAUGUUUAGAUCGUGGACUAGUUUGAGUGGAAUUUCUUGUUUUCUUGAAUACUACGUGAAAAGAAUUUUGAGAUUAAGUAAUUUGACUUCCUUCUUUCCUUCUACUCCAUGUUCUCAGGAACCAUAUCACUAUUCUUUUCUCUUUGUUGUUUGUUUCUUCUUUUUAUUGACCUUUAACCUUGUGAAUGCCUAAUGGUUUUUUAAAGAUUAGUGUCAAAGAGUCUUGGUCCUUAUAUAGGCUUUGAUAUCUGCCUUUGUUUGUCUUUUUUCUAUUGUGCUCUAUUUGGUUGCUGAGAACUUGGAGUAAAUGAAGGAAAAUCUAACAAACGCUAUAGCUAGGCACAACUAAGUGAUUGUCUUUGGCUUGUCAAUAAGGAAAAUUUGUAAAAGCAAAUUUUACAUUCUUUUCGUGUCCUACAACUUCUCAUUUCCAUGAUGCCUACAUCCACACUCCCUUCCUCCUUUUGCUUUUGAAACUGUCAUCAGAUCUAGGUUUUCUUUGGGAGCUAAUUAGCAUUUAAAAAUUAAUACAAAAGUUUCCUAUAUGGACACUAGAGGCUUGAUAAUCUCUCUCUUUUUGUCUUUGAACUUUUUGGCUCUGAUUUGAAAACUACAUAUCUAAUCUACUGUUCCUUUUUAUUAUUUUCCAUAUAGAUUUUAUUUACUUUUCUUUGUUCAAUUUUCCUUUCCUUUCCCCUCUCUCUAGUUAAUGAAAAACUAGUGAAAAUAGAAGAAAAUGAGUAGCAUGUUAUUUUGUUAUUUAGGUUCUCAAAAAAUGGAAAGACCGCUCAAUUGAGUCAUCAGUUGUGCUUGAUUGAGGCCUUUUGUUUAUUCAAAUGAAAAAAAAAAAAAAUUGAAAAUCUAAGGUUCACAGGUUUAUUUCCUUCUUUUAUCUUGUUUUUUGGGAAGAUUGUGCUUUUGGGUUGGAGAAUGGCUUUGUGCUAAAAGAAAAGAUGCCUUUUUAAGGCAUUUAAUUUGAUGAUUUAUAUUUAUGGGAUGGCAUUUAUUUUGAUCUAAACUUCUUAUUGAUUACCUUGUUACAAAAAAUACUAAAUCACAGGAACAUUUUGGUAAAAUGAGGGGAAAGCUUAGAGAAACGCUCCUUUUUACGUCUUUUUUGGACUAUUUGGUAGGGACACAAUCACAUAACUUUGAAGGGGUGAAGUGUUUGGUUCAAUCACUUGAAGGCUGGUUCCAUGAGUUGGUAGAUGUUCAUCCCUUUAUCUUGUUUGAAUUCAUAGACUGGCUGGGGAAUUUUUGUGUUUUGGGGCCUUGUGGAUUUAUGUGAUUAUGACAUAACCAUGGACCAUGGAUAUUACCUCCUAGCCAUAGAAUACCUUUUUAUUAGUCACACAGUAGAACUUCAUCAUUUGUUAGUGUGCUGCAAGUUGAGUCAUUUUGCAAGUGCCUACACAAGAAUGAGUCCAACACUUUUUCCCCCUUAUAAGAAACACCAUGAUCUUGUGGAACUCAUUCUAUGAGAUACAUGAAGUGGUUUAAACAAGUAUAGAGUGUUCGUGACUGGGAGCCACGGAUUCUCCGCCAUUGAAAGAAAGAUUCUGGCAAAAUUCCAAAUAGAGGGGUUGCAGGAGCUUUCGUCACUGUAGGAAAAUCACGAAGUUCACCAUAAAAAAUAAUCAUUUUCUUUGCUUGUUAGUGGAGUGGCUGAUCUGGGGACCACAAUACCCUAUAUAUACCUCCCAUGCACUUUAGCCCUCCCCUUCUCUCACUCUCUCUGCUAUGUACAAUUCUACCUUUAACCUAUCUAAACCUUAACAUUUCUCAAAUGCCGAUGAAGCGCCCACGGGUUGGUAGGUCGUUAAGCUUUGAUGAUGCUAGUUUUCUUAGCCAGGUAUCUCCACUGGCUAUGGGGUCGCCGGACCUCCGAUGGGAGAAGCACAGUGCUAUAGCUGCAGAAACUGCUUCAGCUAAUGGGGCAAGUGAUUCAGCUAAGAUUUUGAAGCCUUCAGAGCUGGUGGCGGACCACCAGUCUCGACCAAAGAUUCUGACAGUGGCAUCUCCAGAGACGGAGAAGGGGAAGUUUGAUGAGAGUUUUGAGGGCCCCAUUGGUGGAUUCCUCCAGAAGUGUUACUAUUGCAAGAAGAAGAUCCAUGAGAAUGCUGAAGUUUUUAUGUAUGGUUACCUGCAUGCAUUUUGCACCUCUGACUGCCGUGACAGACAGAUCAUCUUUGACAAGGAGCUGGAGAAAGCAUCUGCAAAACCAAUAGAAGCCAUGAAUGAGCACCGCAGGGUGAGCCGUAUGAAGAAUCAGUUUGGUUUUCAACUGGAAAAGAAGGCAGCUCCAUAGGCUCAUAAUUGCAUGUACUAACUGUGGUGGUGCAUAGCUGUCAGGUUUUUAAGAUUAGCUUGCACGUUUGCAUAGAAUGGGCUUCUUGCCUUUAGUUUCUCAUGGCUGUCAGAUCACUGGGUCUUGUAUAGUUCUGCAUGUUUGUUUUAGGGUCAGAAGUACCAUGUUUGUGAGGAGUUGAACUUGUUUCUGUAUUUUGGUUUAGCUUUCAGUGGAAAUGGUUUCCAUUAUAUUACAAUAUGAUGCAUAUGUGGUGAAAGAUACUGAAGUAGUACUGAAAUGUAUUACAAAGUCAUGUAUGUUCUAAAUGCAGUUUUGAUCUUAUUAAUAUGCA